GUGCAGAUCGCUAUACACUUUUAUCGUUCCGUCUUGAGGAAUCAUGCCUGAGCCAGCGAAGUCCGCACCUAAGAAGGGAUCCAAGAAGGCCGUUGCUAAAACCGCAGGAAAGGGCGGUAAGAAGCGCAAGAGGUCCAGGAAGGAGAGCUAUGCUAUCUACGUCUACAAGGUCCUGAAGCAGGUUCAUCCUGACACCGGGAUUUCCUCUAAGGCCAUGGGGAUCAUGAACUCUUUCGUCAAUGAUAUUUUCGAGCGUAUCGCCGGUGAGUCCUCUCGUCUCGCUCACUACAACAAGCGCUCCACCAUCACAUCGAGAGAGAUCCAGACCGCCGUGCGUCUGCUGCUGCCCGGUGAACUCGCCAAACACGCCGUGUCUGAGGGGACAAAGGCCGUCACCAAGUACACCAGCUCCAAAUAAAUCUGUUGAAUCUUUCAACACCCAAAGGCUCUUUUAAGAGCCACCCACUUUAUCAGAAAAUGAGCAAACGAUUUAAUUAAGUUUUUAAAAAUUUUACUUUUCUUUUAAAAUAUGAUUUCAUAAAUAAGGACUCAAGUCGGGUAACGUAAGCAGGCUUCCCGUGACAUCCUUCAAACAUUAAAAAGGGUCUUUUAUGAAUUGAAUUCUGUCAGACCCACAAAUUGAUGUUGGAGUGCCAAGGCAAGAUUUGCUUUCAAUUGAUAAUACAUAAAAACGGUAAAUGUUUGUUUUUCCUGUCAAUCUGAUUAUAUUGUAAUUACAAAACAAUUAUAAUGUUUGUAAGGGACUGACUAAAAUAAAUGUUAUGAUACUUGGUGAUUGCGAUCACAUGCUAUUUCAUGUGAAGCUGCUUUGGUACGAACAAUUUUAAAGUGCUAUAUGAAGAAAGUUGAAUUGAAUUAAAUUACUACUGAAGUGUGCAACUCCAGUAUUUUGUUGUAUAUGUUUUGUCAUAAAAAUGACAUACAAUUCAAAAU